AUGGAGACAAUGGUAAUGGAUGGGGAUCUGAAGGGGGAAAUCAAAUUCGACCUGAAAUUGUUUUUGAAAUCGAAGCCCUACUACCACCGCCUCGGCCGCGUCUGGAAGUGGAGCUACCUCCUCCACGACCCAUCGGGAACGGGAAAUCGAGCUUCGUCGCCGUCGUGGCGAGGUUCCUCUGUUUUGACUUUUGCGAAAUUGAUUUUUUGA